GCACGACUCGGGUCGGCUCAGCACGGCUUGGCUCGGCUCGGGUCGACGCUGGGCUCCCUCCUGGCAAAGGGGAAGCAAGGGACCUGCCCCUGACCGAGUUCCCCCUCGAGCCCUUGCCCAAGCCGCCGCCGUUCCCCGCGGUGCUGACCCCACCUCGUGCCACGGGGCCGGUCCCGGCACGUCGGAGGGCACCGAGAGCCGGAGCGUGCAGCGGGUCCGGUGCCCAGUGAGCGUGAACCCGGUCGGGGAUCUCCGCCCACCCUGGGCCGGCUCAGCCCCCGGCCGCUCGCUUCCAUUUCCUGCUCCGCUUCUCGUUCUCGCUGCCCGCAGCCGGUGCCCAUGGCCCGUCCCGACUCCGCGGCCCCGCUCCCGUCCGGGCAGCUCCGCAUCGUCCCGCAGCAGCCCUCGGGUGUGGGUGCCCAGAAGAGCUUUCAGCUGCAUCAGCCCCAGAGGAAGCUGUGGGUGACAGCAGGGGAUACACUCACCCUGACCUGCACCGUGUCUGGAUAUGGUCCCAUUGGUCCUGUGAAGUGGCUGAAGGGCUGGGGCCGUGAGAACGAGACCAUCUAUGACCAGACGGGCACGUUCCCCCGUGUGAUGCGGGCAGCGACUGGGUCCGACACAGACUUCACCAUCCACAUCAGGGACGUUCGCCCCGAGGAUGCUGGUACCUAUUACUGUGUGAAGUUCAACAAGUCUGUGCAUGAUGUUUCGGUGUUUCAGCGUGGAAAGGGCACCGAGGUGUCCCUGAGUGGAGGAAGUUCAGAGGCCAGGCAGAGAGCCAGGACCCAGCCAGGCCAGUGGCUGGAGGCAGCUUCUUGCCCAUCCCUCUGCGGUGCUGUGCAGGGACCCCCAGCUCCCCCAGCCAAGCCUUGGACCCAGAGACCUCCCAUCUGGCCAGCCAGCAAAGGAGCAAGGAGGACAAUGACAUCCACUACGCUGAUCUCCAGCCCCUGCCCGCAGCCCCACAGCACAGCAGGAGCCCCGGCACAGCCUGCUCUGAGUACGCCAGCAUCAGGGUCCCUGCCAAGUGAUGUUUGGCACCAGAGGCUGCAUAAAGCCCAUUCUGGGGGAGGAAGCUGGGAUGUUUCUGCAGGGCUCAAUAAAGGAGAAGUGGAUCUGUUUGUGUGGCACAUCCCGUCCAGGCCUGCACCCUGGGCUCGGAGCUGCCAAAGCUUCCCUAAUUCAUUCCCACCUCGGCAGCUGGGCUGGGCUCAGCAGCAGCUCUGCCAGGACCCAGUAGACAUCUCAAGCACAGGAUGAGGCCAUGAGGCUGAGCACCUCUGCCUUGUGCAGGCUGUGGGGUGCUGAGCCAGGACUGUUCCCACCAGCAAGGGCUGUCGAUGGCACUUCCCCAGCUC